GAAUUGAACCUGGGGCUCCAUGCAUGUGAGGCCAGCACUCUACCACUGAGCCACCUUCCCAGCCGUCCUGUGUGUCCUUGGGAAAAUCCCAUCCCUUCUCUGGGUUAUGAUGGCCUGUGUCAGACCUGAGGACCAGAGACAGUGUCCACUUUGACAUCACCUGGCCUGGAGGUGAAGCAUGGGGUUGCGUGGCUCUCCGUGCUUCUACCUGGCCUCCUCCUGGCCUGGGAGUUUCAUAUGGGAACUGACUGCCGCCAGGGGUUAUUUAAAGCUUCCCCUGCCCCUCCCAGACUGGCCUCUCCUGGCCAGCUCUGCCUGCCCAGUCCACCUGCAGCCUUGCCGGCUGCGCUGGCUGUCUCCCAGAAGCCGCCAUGCCUAAGGGAAGGAAUGUAGGGAAGGCCAUGGCCCAUGGGGGCCACCCUCUGGGGUGCCUUCCUUCGGUCUCUGCCUGCCACGUCUGGGGGGUCCAGUCCUGCCCAGCCCAGGCAGCCUGUCGGUCUCCGCCGCUGCCGUGCCGCGACAUGGCGCUGCAGAAUGCCCUCUACACAGGGGACCUGGCCAGGCUGCAGGAGCUCUUCCCGCCCCACAGCACAGCUGACCUGUUGCUGGAGAGCCGUACAGCAGAGCCUCGCUGGAGCAGCCACCAGAGGGGGAAGAAGUCAUGUGGAGCCCAGAAUAGCCUCUGCCGGGCCGCGUGGCCAGCUCAGGGACGCCAGGCCCUCGGAGUGUCCCUUCUCCUGCCCUUCUCUGCCUGUGGCCUUCGCGCCCUCCCCCCUCCCCCCGUGCUCAUGAGCGGGUACCCAGAAGAGUGCGGGGGGCAGGGGGAGCCCCAUGGCAACAGACACAGCCUCUGUGCCAGGCUGGUGGAGUCCAGCGGAGGGUCUGAGGAGCCCCCCGGGUCGGGCCCCGGCCCCAUCGCGGUGCGCACAGCCGCAGGCCCCGCCCUCACGCUCUGGCAGGCGGUGCUGGCAGGGGACGUGGGCUCCAUCGCCCGCAUCCUCGCCGACUCCAGUGCUGGCCUGGCUCCCGACUCUGUCUUUGACACCAGCGAUCCAGAGCGAUGGAGGGACUUCCGAUUCAACAUCCGAGCUCUGAGGCUCUGGUCUCUGACCUACGAGGAGGAACUGACCACCCCACUUCAUGUGGCGGCCAGCCGAGGCUACACCGAUGUCCUGCGAUUGCUGCUCAGACGGAGGGCCAGACCGGACAGCGCCCCCGGGGGCCGCACCGCCCUGCACGAGGCCUGCGCUGCGGGCCACCCGGCCUGUGUCCAUGUGCUGCUGGUGGCCGGAGCAGACCCCAAUGCACCGGACCAGGAAGGAAAACGCCCCUUGCAUCUCUGCCGAGGGGCUGGCAGCCUUGAGUGCGUGGAGCUGCUCUUGAAGUUUGGGGCGCGAGUGAAUGGGCAGACUGAGGAUGAAAAAGAGACAGCCCUGCAUGUGGCCGCACGGCUUGGCCAUGUGGAAAUGGCGGCCCUGCUUCUGAGACGGGGUGCGUGUCCCGAUGCCCGCAAUGCCGAGGGCUGGACGCCGCUGCUGGCUGCCUGCGACGCCCGCGGCCAGUCCCCCGCCGAGGCCGAGGCCAGCGCCGCGCGCUGCUUCCAGCUGUGCAGCUUGCUGCUCUCCGCUGGCGCCGACGCAGAUGCUGCCGACCAGGACAAGCUGAGGCCCCUGCACCUGGCCUGCCGCCGGGGCCAUUCGGCCGUUGUGGAGUUGCUCCUGUCCCACGGUGUCAGUGCCAACGCCAUGGACUAUGGAGGACACACCGCCCUGCACUGUGCCCUGCAGGGCCCAGCGGCCGCCCUGGCCCAGAGCCCUGAGCACAUGGUGCGAGCUCUGCUCAACCACGGCGCCGUCAGGGUGUGGCCCGGGGCCCUCCCCAAGGUGCUGGAGCGCUGGUGCUCUUCCCCACGGACCAUCGAGGUGCUGAUGAAUACCUACAGCUCGGUGCAGCUGCCCCGGGAGGCGCUGGGGCUGAUUCCUCCUGAAACGCUGCAGGAGCACCGGCGUUUCUACUCCUCCCUCUUUGCCUUGGCCAGGCAGCCGCGCUCCCUGCAGCACCUGAGCCGCUGCGCGCUGCGCUCGCACCUGGAGGGCUGCCUGCCUCACGCCCUGCCUCACCUUCCCCUGCCGCCCCGCCUGCUCCGCUACCUGCAGCUGGAGUUUGAGGACGUACUCUACUAGGGAUGCGAUGUUGCCUGCAAGCAGACACCCCGGCCUGCAGGGGGCGCUGCAGAGGUCCUGCCAGCCGGAGGUCCAGCGGGAGGGCAGCGGUGGACGCUGUCUUGAGAGGGGGACACAUCAGCAGCCAGAGGGUGUGUGUGUGUGUGAGAGAGAGACAGACAGACAGAGACAGAGACAGAGACAGAGACAGAGUCCCCUCUCUGGAGCCCCCGGUGUGAAUUAAAGCU